UCAGAAAUAUUAACUUGUAUCCGUCACACUAUUGAUGGCAUUUUCACCUGAACCACCACUAUCCACUAUGCCUGAAAAUCUUUGGCAAAACAAAACUAUGCCUGAAAACAAUCCUAUUGAUUUCCGUGCCCCGCCGCCAUCUCCGGUCGCCUCAGGUCGGAGAUCUUCUUUCGCCAAUGACGACGUGCUGGCUGAAUUUCUUGAGCACUCCCUACGAGUUCCUGAUUUAGUAUUGCCUGACAAUAUAUUCCCUAGACAAAAGAUUCUUGAAACUCCUCCAAGAAUUGAUUUACAGUCAUUAUUAAUCGAUUCUCCUUCGGACCAAGACUCAAUUUCCAAGAUUCCGGAAUCUUUGUCAAGAAUUGGGUGCUUUCAGCUUGUUAAUCAUGGAAUUCCAGGUGAUUCUGUGAGAUCGGUGCUUGCAUUGGCUGCCGGAAUAUUUAGCUUGCCGCCGGAGAAAAGGGCGGUGGCGACAAGGUCGCCGGAAAAGCUUUACGGGUUUGAGGAAGUUCAUGAGGAAGAGAGUGAAUUGACGAGUGAAGAGUUCGUGUGGUGUAGAGAUGAGAAGUUGAAGUUAGAUAUGGAGGGAAUAUGGCCAUCAGGAUAUUCAAAUUUCAGUGAUAAAAUGGAAACUCUAGCAUCAAAAAUGGAGAAUGUGGCAGUGAAAAUUCUUCAAGUAAUUCAAGAAAAUUGUCAGGUAAAACAUGAUCGAAACGACGAUAGAACGCAGAGCCAAGAUCUUGUUGGAUCAGUAUGCUACCUUAACAAACAUAAGCAGAAGAUGUGUAAUGAGGGAUCUGCUGAUUCUUUAGGAUAUGAUAUUAUCAGAAUGCUAAUAAGAGGAAAUGAUUACAGUCAUGCACUGUGUUUUCAUGCAUGUGAUGGAUGUUCAGAGUUACAUGUUUACUCCAAAAAAGGUUGGCUAUCUUUUUGCCCUGAUAAAGAUGCAAUCAUUGUCACCAUUGGUGAUCAAUUGCAGAAUCUAAGUGGUGGGCAGUACAGGCAUGUGUUAGGAAGGGCAAUAUUCAAGAGUGAAGAAAAUGACUGUAUGUCAAUGGCUUUUCUCUACUCUCCUCCAAGGAAAACCACCGCCACCGCCACUGCCGCCCCGGCCACCGUCUCUACUGCCAAACAGAGAGAGGGAAAGACUAUUUCCCUUAGGCAACAAGUUAUAGUGGCAAUAUUUUUGACUCUUAUAUACCACUUUCUGGUUUAUGUUUAUACCAAAGUUUGAUGUAAAUAAUACAUAAUGAGCUACAUUACUUCUGUUUAUUAAAUUGUCAUUAAAUCCUUUCCAAUUUGAAGUAAAAUGAUUUAUACGGAAA